CCCCCGAAACAAAUUAUGCCAGAUAACCCCCCAAAUAGCAACGGUCCAUGCAAACCCCCGAACUGCAUUAUGCCAGUUAAUCCCCCAGAUAGCAUCGUUCCAUGCAAACCCCCGAACCACAUUUCGCCUGGCAAACCCCCAAAUAGCAUCGGUCCAUGCAAACCCCCGAACCAC